ACCAUGAGCGGCUCGGAGACGGCAGCGAAGGAGAAGCUGCUCUGGAACGCCAAGAAGGAGGUGAAGCAGAUUAUGGAAGAGGCCGUCACCCGGAAGUUUGUUCAUGAGGACAGCAGCCAUGUGAUUGCACUGUGUGGAGCAGUUGAAGCCUGUCUUCUGCACUUGCUUAAGCGACGGGCAGCUGGCUUUCUGCGGACUGACAAGAUUGCCGCCCUCUUCACCAAGGUGGGCAAGACAUGCGACGUGGCAGGUGAGGUGUGCAGGACAGUGCAGGACCUCGUGCAACAAGUCGAUGGCAGGAGGCCUCAGCCAGUGGGCCAGGAAUCCCUGAAAAGGCAAAGCUCGGCCACCAGCAAAGCCCCUUCCCUGACCCCACAGGCUAUAAAGCACAUUUGGGUGCGCACUGCUUUGAUCGAGAGAGUGCUGGACAAAAUCAUCCAGUAUGUUGUGGACAACUGCAGCAAAUACUAUGAGAAGGAAGCUUUACUGGCAGAUCCCGUCUGUGGGCCCAUCUUGGCGUGCCUCCUCGUUGGCCCAUGUGCACUAGAAUACACCAAGAUGAAAACAGCUGACCAUUUUUGGACAGAUCCUUCAGCAGAUGAGUUGGUACAGAGGCAUCGUAUCCAUGGAGCCCACAUUCGCCAGGACUCGCCAUCCAAACGGCCAGCCUUAGGUAUACGGAAGCAGCACUCAAGCGGAAACUCCUCGGAGGAUCGUUUUGCUGCAUCUGCCAGAGAUUAUGUGGAGUCGUUGCACCAGAAUUCAAGGACACAUUUGCUGUAUGGGAAGAACAAUGUCCUGGUUCAGCCGAAAGACGACAUGGAGGCCAUCCCAGGCUACCUCUCUCUUCACCAGUCUGCUGAUUCUUUGACAUUGAAAUGGACCCCAAACCAGCUCAUGAAUGGGACGCUGGGGGAUUCGGAGCUUGAGAAAAGCAUCUAUUGGGACUACGCGGUGGUCAUCCCCUUCAGCCAGGUCGUCUGCCUCCACUGCCAUCAGCAACCAGAAAGAGGUGGGACCUUGGUGCUGGUGAGCCAGGAUGGCAUCCAGAGACCCCCCCUCCAUUUCCCACCCGGAGGACACCUCCUUGCCUUCCUUUCCUGCCUUGAGAACGGCCUUCUGCCCCGCGGACAGCUGGAGCCUCCCCUGUGGUCCCAGCAGGGAAAGGGCAAAGUUUUUCCAAAGCUUCGGAAACGAAACAGCCACAACCGGUCCAUUGAUCUGGAAGAAAUGCCUGUGGUGGAGACAGCUACUGAUUAUGUCUUCAGAAUUAUUUACCCUGGGCACAGACAUGAAAAUAUAACUAUUAACUACCACCACUUAGCUGCCAGCCGUUCUGCCUCUGUCGACGAUGACGAGGAGGAAGAAGACAAGCUGCACACAAUGCUAUCCAUGAUCUGCUCUCGGAACCUCACAGAUCCUAAAAGGAUGAAAGAUAUUGGCACCACGAUGGAGAUUCAGGGGUUCGGCACUGGCAUGUUGCCAUGGCAGCUGGAGCCCUGCAGCCAAGGGUCUUCGUGUCUGUCGUGUUCAACGAACAGCUCGCCUUAUGACAUCCCCAGCUGCUGCAGCUGCAUUCACGACAGAACCCCUCUGAAAAUGCUAUGUGAAAGUAUGAAGAGGCAAAUUGUUUCCAGAGCUUUUUAUGGGUGGCUUGCCUAUUGCCGUCAUUUGUCCACAGUACGAAUGCACUUGUCUGCUCUGGUGAAUCACACGAUCAUCCCGCCAGACAAACCCACAAAUGCUGCAGAAGGCCUGACCAAAGAGGUGUGGGGCAAAUAUCAAAAGGACAAGAAGAAUUACAAGGAAUUGGAACUGCUCCGACAGGUUUAUUAUGGUGGGGUGCAGCACGAAAUCCGAAAGGAGGUGUGGCCGUUCUUACUGGGGCACUACAAGUUCGGCAUGACCAAAAAGGAGAUGGAUCGGGUGGAUGAGGAAAUUAUGCUUCAGUACAAGAAGGUCAUGGCUGAGUGGAAAGCCUGUGAAGCAGUUGUGAAGCUGCGGGAGAAGGAGUCUCAAACGGUCCCCAAGUUCUCCUCCGGCAGCAGCAUAGAUAGCCAUGUACAACGGCUGAUCCACAGGGACUCCACCAUCAGCAAUGAUGUUUUUAUAUCUGUAGACGAAAUGGACUCUGUAGAGCCAAAAGUGCCGGCAGACCCAUCUUUGGUGGGAGGUAGCAUCGAUGCACCCACGGUGGCGGCAGUGCUGGAGCAGCAGCCCUCGGUGGAAUUUGACUCUCCAGACUCUGGCCUGCCUUCCUCUCGGAAUUACUCCGUCACCUCAGGCAUCCUUUCCAGCAUUGAUGACGGGCAGAGUGUUUGCUUCGAGGAUGGCACGGAGGAAGAAAGCAGCACUGAUCUGCAAAGGCCAGGUGCAGAGCAGGCUGAGAAAAUGAAAAGUUUGGAAUCUGAUAGCUCAGUGACCGAGGAAUCGCUGUGCUCCCUGAUGGAGAGUAAGGCACACCCGGAAGAGGAGAGCCUUUCUGUCUGUUCUGCAGCUUACACGAUAGAAAUGUUGGAUACUGUGGCCUUAAACCUGCACAGAAUCGAUAAAGAUGUCCAGAGGUGCGACCGGAAUUACUGGUACUUCACUGUAGAAAACCUGGAGAAACUUCGGAACAUUAUGUGCAGUUAUGUUUGGGAACAUUUAGAUGUCGGCUACGUCCAAGGAAUGUGUGACCUUCUGGCCCCCCUGAUGGUUAUACUGGACAAGGAUGAAUUGGCCUACAGCUGCUUCACUCACCUGAUGAAAAGAAUGAGCCAAAAUUUCCCCAAUGGGGGUGCCAUGGACACCCAUUUUGCAAACAUGCGGUCACUGAUUCAGAUUCUGGAUUCCGAGCUUUUUGAAUUAAUGCAUCAGAAUGGUGACUACACUCACUUCUAUUUCUGCUAUCGCUGGUUCCUGCUGGAUUUCAAACGAGAAUUGUUGUACGAGGAUGUCUUUGCAGUGUGGGAAGUUAUUUGGGCAGCAAAGCACAUCUCUUCAGAGCAUUUUGUCCUUUUCAUUGCCUUAGCACUGGUGGAGCUCUAUCGAGAGAUUAUCCGUGAUAACAACAUGGACUUCACUGAUAUCAUCAAGUUUUUUAAUGAAAUGGCAGAACAUCACAAUGCCCAGGAAAUCCUGCAGAUAGCCCGGGACUUAGUCUGCAGAGUUCAAACGCUUAUUGAAAACAAGUGAGCCUGGCUUGUGGGGGACAGAACAGUCAAGACCCUGCCAGCACUUUUCUCGGACCUUUGAAUGGGGAAGCAGCGGGGCUGGGAGGAAGGAGAUUCCUGGCACUGCCACUUCAACUGGCACUGCAACUGCAUCUUCUGUGUAAUGUAGUAAAUAUUUUCAGAGAUUUUAAAGAGACUUUUAAACAACAGAUUUCCCCCCACACCCCAGAAGAUGAGUUUUAAUCUGUUAGUCUGCAUUCUAAAUUUGUAUUUCAGAGCCCAAAUUUGGCUAUUUGCUUUUCUCCAUCUUCAGGAAGCAUCUACUUGCACCCAGACAGUUGAAAGAAGCAAAAUGGUGCCUUCUGAAGACCCUUUGCCAUGCCAUGAUCUUGAAAAAAAAGUUUUGCCUGCCCCCCUUUGCCAAGGAGGCUGCCCAAUAUUCCACCCUCUGCCUCUGAUGCAUGAACAUUGAAGAGGGUGGGGCUGAUUGUUAGCCCACCGGGCAUUGAAUGCCACCAGCCCCACCCUUUGAAGAGGUGAGGCUUCCUGCUGGUGGGCUGAACAAGAAUUCUUCAGAACUGUACAAGUGUUGGGGCUUGUGUGAGGCAAGAAGGUUAGCAAGAUAAGUGUCUCUAGAUGGCUCAAGGAUGCCCUUAUCACUUUCCCUGUCCCCUUGAAGAGUCAAAAAUGAUGGGGUGUUUUGCAGUUCACUCACUCCUUGUAAAGGGUUUGGGCAGCCAUGCCAGGCAACUAAACUGCAGUUUGGUGACAGUGGAAGAGCACAGCAAAAUGAAUAGUGGAUGGAGAAAUGAAAGGCUUGGAAAUGUUCCCAGACUUUUCUGCACAAUCACGAGGGCUAGAACAAUUUUAUUUUUUAAAAAGAUGAGCAGCAAAAAAGAAAAGUUGCUGUAGACAGGAGAUGCACAUUUGAUGUUAACUCAAUCGAUAGUGACUUUUUUGUGGCCCCUGUGAAAUCUUGUGUCUAAAGUCACCCAUGUCCAGUGGAAUUUCCCAAGGGGGUGAAUUUUUUUUCAAUGCAAGAAAAACUUCCUCAGAAACCCCCGAUCUUUGUGCUUCUGGCAUGCCAGCUGGCUCUCGGCUCCCCUGCUGUUUGGGGUUUUCCCUACCUGUGCCAAGUCUGCAUCCCAACAGUGCAGUUCUGCCAGCCAGCCUCCCGGGGAGAAAAAUGUGCUUUACAAUGUUGUGUCUCAUUUUCAUUCCAUUGAAAAGAUGAGGUCUCGACCUUAGGAUCACUGCUGGAUGACUAUUUUAAAACAAACAGAACACUGCACUACAUUUUUGGAUAAUGUAUUUACUAUGUAAAAAAGGCCCACAAAGAAUUUAUCUGUGCAAACUUUGUUGUACCUGUUCCUAUAACAGCCUGCCUAAUUGUGUUUUAUGAAUCUUGUGUUCUGCCUUAUUUAUUUUUUGUCAGGAAGAGAAUAUUUUUCUUCAUGACUCAAGAGUUUAUCUUUGUAGUGGAACUGUCUAAAAAUACAUAUUGUCAAAGCUUU